AUGGCCCGAACCAAAUCCCGCACGGCUGUCGCAAAGCUGCGACAAGCGAACAAGGACAGAGAGGCGAAGGCUAACAAGCUCGGCAUGCUCGCUACUCAGACGUCUGCGGGUGUGGAUCCGAACACGGAACCCUGCAAUGUGACAACCUCAACCAGCCUCUUGGGCGGCGGGUUUACAAGCAAGGCGGAUCGCAAACGCAAGCGUGCUGCUUCUUCCAGUGACUCGGAUAACCCGCUCAGUCUCCGUGCGUUCGAGACACCACGUGCCUCGAGGAUCAAAAAGGAACCUGUUAGCGAUGAUGAGUCUGUCGUCGAAAUCCCGGAGCCCAACAAGGCAGUCACGCAGCCGAAGAAGAAGGUGAAAGUCGAGCCUGUACGUGAUGAGGAGGAAUUGAACCCGCUGGAUGCUUUGGAGAAGGCACUGGGGACGCCUAUCCUUCCGGCGAGCGGUACGCCUGCCGGAGCUUUGUGGUUCGCCUCGAACGAUCAUAGUGACUAUGACCCAGCACUUUCAGACUCGCCGGCAAAAUCUGCACCUGAAGUGGCCCAGCAUACCGCCGAGAAAGAGCCCGUCACCUCAGACGGUCCAGUGAUUUCGGAAGCAGCUGAAAGCAGAGCGAAAGGAAGCAGAGGAGGCCCAGAAGCAGUCCAAGGAACAGGGACAGGAGACGGAGGACCGCGGAGACCUUCCACCAGCUCGAGCCGCUACCAAGGUCCAGAAAGACGCAAUCAAGGCGCAUGA